AUGUCGACGCAAAGACAGAUGCAGAUGCCCCCUACCACGGCCCAAGUGCAGCACAAGCGCGUGCAGAUUGUCGAGCAGAGACAGCCCGUUCACCCGAUGCCCGUUUUACCCGAGUUGAUUGUCUCCCCCGCGCCGCCGCUCUCUCCAUCCCCGUCUUCUGCUGGAGUGCGGUCGCCGAUGACGCCGGUGGAGCACCUUGUCCACGGCAAGAGUCUUGGCCGGGGGAAAUCAAAGCGCAAGACGAUUAUGGAGUUUAUUGACGGGUGGUGGGAUUUGGGGUUGUUGGAGCAGCAGAAGCGGGCUGCUUCUCGGAGAAAGGCAUGA